AUUACAGCGACAGGAUUUGCUUAUGCCCGUGCUGCAGAAAUCAGUGUCAUGUUAAAAGCAGUCGCUCACAAAUCCUCCAGUUCUCAGUUUCUGCAGUCCCUGCCAUCGCAGAUGCGGAGAAGAGCCAUGAGUCAAAAGAUCAAACGUCUCCCACGAAGGCUUCGAGAAUUUGCCAAGAAGGAGGUCGAAAAGGUUGCUCAUCUGAGAAAGGAACAAUCAAAAAGCAAAUCUCGCAAGGCUCGCCGGAGACAUGCCAACUUAAUGCAGGAAUUUAACCGAAGGCAAAGAAAGAACAUUUGGCUAGAGACUCACAUAUGGCAUGCAAAAAGAUUCCAUGUGGUGAAGAAAUGGGGAUACUGUCUAGGCGAUAAACCGACUGCUAAAAGUUACAGAGCUUGUUACCGUGCUAUGAUAAAACAGUGCCUUCUGCAGGAUUUGUCUUACUACUGCUGUUUGGAGCUGAUGGGGACAGAGGCUGAACUCCUGAAGGCACUUAUGCUUUUGACUAGCAGAGAAGCAGGUACAACGUUUGCCGCUGUGGCUUGCCUAUCUGGGAAAUGUCAAGGUUCAUUGGUCCUUUACAAAGCAAACCAGUAUCCAAAACAGCCAUUGGGUCCAAUCACAUUCCUAUGGAGACCUGUCACACAGUGUGAAGGCCAAUCUGGAAACCGACAGCUCUGGAUCUGGACUCAUCCAGCCCUUAAAAUGGAUGUAUUAACCGAACUUCAAUUGGCCUGUCAGUGUUUGGAUAUCCCUGUGCCUGAACCAGUUUCUAGUGAACGUAAAGCUGAAGUAGAGGUAGCAGCAAAGGAUCCAGAGAUAGUUGGCUUGAAAAGAAAACGUGAAGAUAAAGCUGGAGAUGGAGCUGUGCCUGAGAAAAUAAUUUUAGGUGACGGAACGAGAGAUCCAUCGAAACCAGUCUCUUGGAGAUCAUUAACUACUGGCAUUGUAAUACAGGAUCUAACGAUGGAAAUAUUAAGGUAUCGUCUGAUUGGCCCUCUGUCCCACUGUGUGUUAUUUGAAGCAUUACAAGCCGCCGCUGUUGCAAAUGCAUCUGAAGAAACAGAAGAAAUUAGGGCAAAGUACUGGUCGGAGUAUUGCAGGAACCCUGAAAAUGUAGCUCUUCAUGGUCGUCAGGGAGCUAUUCUUCCAUUACUGCCUGGUAUUAGUUCACCAGCAGAAAUCCCAGCAGGCACUGUGCUUGGGCUUACAGUAGGUGAUCCUCGUCUAAAGUUGCCUCAAAACAAAACUACAGCCAGACCAGAUCCUUCACAGUCUGAAGCUGUGGAACAAAUAAGGGAACUGUGUUUGAAAGGAGUUGGUCCAGAAUGUGCUCAGAGUCUCCUCUGGGACCACGAUAUCCGCAGUGGUGUUACUCAAACUAAAAUCUCUGAACAGGAGCUGAACCGGUUGCGAAGCAAACUCCUGGUGCCUGGAACUCAGCUGGAUCUGGGACCACAAGAAUCCAAGAUUCCUCUCCUCUUAGUGCAGCAGCCAGGGAAGCUUGCUGGAGAUGAGCUCCCAGGCUGGGGCAGCGGUUGGGAUAUCUUGAUUCCCAAAGGAUGGGGGAUGGCCUUCUGGAUUCCUUUGAUCUACAGAGGUGCCCGAGUAGGAGGUUUGCAGGAAGGAAUCAAACACUCUCAGUCCAAGGGAACGCCACACUUCCCAGAUGAUUUUCCUGACUGCCCAGCAAGCAUCCACUACAGUAAAGAAUGUGAGAAGGAGAAAAUAGCCAAAUAUAAGAGAUACCCACCAGCUAAAAGGCCCAAUUAUGUCCUCUUUGGCACCAUGGCUCCAUUCCGAUGCCCUUGGCAGCUGCUUGUGGAGGAAUGGGAAAUGCGGAGCGAAGAUCACGAUGUCAAACCACAGAAACAGGGACUUGAAGUUCAGGCCUUGGAGUUUCUUGGAAAACAGGAAGAGGAGCUGACAGAGAAAGUGUCAAUGGAAGAAAAUCCUUCAGAGGUGGCGAAGAUGAUGGACAUUGAUUCUGAAAACAUUACUGAUGUGACAUCAAAGUCAGAAAGUGAAAAUGUUCAAAUUGCGAGCAACACAGAACUUGAAAGUGGUCACUUUUAUGUAAUCAGGAAUAGGAAGCUGCGGAGGCAGGUGUCUGCUUGGUGUCGACCUACAUCCAGCCGAAAUCAGCGGACUCAUCGUCUGUGUAGGAGUUCAGCCUAUGUGGAGAUGACUCAAGACGCCGUGAAGUCCAUCAACUUAUCUCACCCUCGAUUGCUGAUCUGGAUCAGAGUGUCUCUACUGAAAAAAGGCAGCCCCGUCACCAAUGCCACCAUUUGUAUUCCUUCAGAAGAGGAUCUCAAACUUCAGAUCUCGGACCCUCAUUUUUGUGGUCCCCAGGAGCCAAAGCACAGCGAUCCCUUCAAACAGAGAUGCAAAAGGCUAAAGAAGAAACAGAAAAUGAAUCCAAAAAACGUGGAAAGUGCCGCUGGAAAUUUGGAGACCAAAUCAGAUUCUGACUCCGGACCCCAUUUAAUUCAAGGAUUAUGGCCUGAACCAUUGCAAAAUCUGACCUCACAUUGUUCCAGACUUAUUAUUGGAUUUGUUACUCAAGGCGAUUUUUCAUUGGCUGUAGGUUGUGGAGAAGCUUUGGGGUAUGUCAGCUUGACAGGACUGUUGCAUAUGGUGUUCAACCAACCAGCGAACAAGCGAGGUCUAGUGUUAGUAAGAAACCCAGCUUCCCUGCAGUAUCGAUUAGCUAAAAUAAAUAUUGAGGAAUGAACAAGCUAGAUUCCAGUGUGGGCUGAUUAGGUUAGCAAGAUGCUUUUGGUGCCAUGUAUCUUUGAGCUUCUUCGAGAGGCAGGACAGAGUGCCAGAGACAGCAUGUGUUACAAUCAGAGCUUGUGACCAGGAUAGAAAUAUUUACAAACGUUGUACAGCACGGACACAGGCCACUCGACCCAACCAGUCCGUGCUGGUGUUUAUUCUCCACAUGAGUCUCCAUUUGUUCCUUACUCCCUCCCAUACCCUUCUAUUCCCCUCUCCCUCAUGUGGAGGUCUAACUUCCUUUUAAUAUGGGUGCAGGAACCUGGAUAUAGUGUUAGCUUAGCUAGCCAAAAUUAUCUUGGUCUGAAGAUUGUUUUGAGCUGACUCACAAUAAAUUGCUGUUUACAUGAAUGCAAUAUGAAUUCCAAGAAAAAUUAUGUUUGUGAUGAGUAAGUCCAUAUGCUUAUAAAUUGAGCAGAAAAAUGAUCUCUUUGCUUGGUACUGUUCUAACCAAUUAUUAAGAUUAAAAUAAACUUGCUGAGAAUGAAGCAA